UUAGCCUAUGAUAAGGCUUGUAUGAUGUAUUUAUACGUUGCUCCUUUUUGUGAAUAAGGAAAAUAUUCCCAUACUCUUUCAUAACCUAAACUAUAGGCUGAUAAUUAGGAGACCUAUAUACCUUCGCUUCCCCUAAUCAAACUUUGAACUUGUGGAACUACUAUUGUGUAUCAUAGUGGUGGUUAUUGGCAUAUCACAUAUUUCAUUAUUUACAACCUUUGCUGAUGUUUUAUUAACAUUAUUUCUAUUUCAAGAGAUUUAUAAUGAAAAUUAAUCCUCAAUUAUUUAUGCAGCAACAGCAAGCAAGAAUAAGAAAAGGAAGAAUAAGAAAAGGAAGAAUGUCAAUGCAGAUGAGAAGGAAUAUGAUAAAUUUGCGAAUUGGAAAGAAUUUCAGAAGAGACCGAGGAAAGGGCCAAGCUAAGUCUAUGAAGAGACUGGCAAAGAAGAUGAGAAUAAAGUUCAGGGUUUUAGAUUCCAAAUUACCAACUACUAUGGCUAAGCAUUUCAGAGAAUUUUCGAGGGACUUGGAUCUAUAUGGCAAGAUUGUAGUUGAUGUGAAAAAGAAAUCCAGAGGUUUGAAACAACAUGCAAAUAAGCUACAAACAAGGCUAACAGCAUUGCAGAAUCUUGUAGAACAAGGCUUAGCUGAGAAGAUGUUAUGGGAUUUGGAGUGGGCUACUGACCUUGAGGCCAAUCAAGCUCUAAUGGUGAUGGCAAAUCUAAGGCUUAGUGAUGAAGCAUCUGCUAUAGCUAAUCAGCAUAAACUGCUUCUGGAAGAACCAGGGCAAUCUAAACUCUGCAAAGAAAUCCCUCUUAAUACCAUGACUAAGGCUUACAAGAAAGCGAGGGAUUAUAUUGUACGGAAGUCAGCCAAGCCUAACAAAUACUUGAAGAAAACACAACCUUAUAUAUCAUACAGAAGAAGCUUGGAAAGUGGGCUGGAAGUUCUUCAACAAAAUGCUUCAAAUUUUGCUGCUGAAGCCAGAAAACAUUUUGAAAUUAAAUGGUGAUGGUGAAGGACCCUUCAGAGCUUGAAAGAAUGAAUUCUGAACAAGUCGAAACUAAGCCAAGGCUUGUAAUUCCUGCACUUCCAGAGAGUAGACAGGUAUUGCAAGAAGCAAUCUCUAAAGGUUUUACUGUUAUGCUUUUUUGACAUCAGAGAAAGUCAACUUGUAGGAGAAUGAUGUGUUUGUUCACUUUGUUGUGCAAUAUAACUUGCUGGGAACUGAUAUUCUGUUUUGGUUUGUUUUUGGGUUUAACACUUGGGGGUAAAGACCACCUUUAAUGCAACAGGAUUUAUUGUAUGUGGUAAUGCCACAUCAAAGUACUACUUUAUGUGAUGAAUAAGCUCAGUGAGAUAUGCGUGCCUGUUUUUCUCUAAUGAAACCAAGAAAGCCGGAUUGGCUGGCAAGUUAUUGUCAAGAAACUUCUCAUAUUUGUCUUUCUUAUUAAAUUCUUUAUAUUCACACUUAUGCUCUCCAA